AUGUCUAUGCUCCCCAAAGCAUCAACUGCAGGUUUACCUCUUUGCGUUAUGGCGGAACAUCAAAAGUCUGAUUUCCCUGGGAUUGGCAAUUCCGUUGGCCACUAUGGCAUUCAGUAUAGCGAAACCAUCGACACGCAACAACCAUGCUCCUAUCUGCCCAUGCUGCAAAUUAGAUCUCAUGGCCACCAUCGCUCCAUUCAGCCUGAAGAGGACGUAUACAACUGCCCGAUCCCAGUAACCAGUCCCCAGGUUUUUCAGCCUCGUCUACCAUCCCUGCCCCGAUACCAGCAUAGUUCGUCGCCUGCUCAACCCGGUUGCGAGGAUGAUCAAUCACUUGCCGGCGGCGUUUUGCUCCAAUCAUCAGAUCAAAGUACCCCCUACAAUAGAAUCACCCGGCCGAGCAAUCCUGAGUCUCACGAGCAAGCACACUUUGUAGAGACUCCGACACAUUCGCUACUACCCUCCAGGGGAUAUAUCAGGGUCAGCUCGGCGCAUGAAGAUAAAGAUAUCGGUACUCGUCGUCGGCAUCAUGCCUGCGUCCUCGAUAGCCCUGCCCGCCCUGGCCAUUCGACCCGAAUGCGAAAGGGUUUUCAUAAUGCUUGGCAAGAAAACUUCACUCCUUUACAUUACGCACCUCCAGGGCCUCAGCGAAGUGUACUAAGUACCCAUUUUCCGGACGGCUCGCAGCAAGGCGUAUCUGCAAUCGCACCAUGGUCCACCGGCACUCCGUUUCACAACCAGCAAGGAGUUAGCCAAACUACAACAGACUCUUUGAGUUCUACCUUGAGCUUUGAAAAUACCAGCCCUGACAGUAGCGGGGGAUUUUCCAUUUCAAUUCACAGUUCCGCUCCUCAAAGAGCGCCUUGGGAUCGAAAGCUUACAGAAAUGUAUACCAACGAUAGCCCGUUGCUCAAGUCAUGGAGAAAGUCUGAAGCUCGCCAGCCGCCUCUCACACCACCCUGGAGAAAAGGAGGAAUAGCUGCCCGGGUACCAGCUGAGCUACUGGAGAAGGCCUCAUGGAGGACAGUGGCCGAGCUUGAAAACGAGCCUCACGCCCAGCGAGAAGCAAAAUCCCAAGAAACUUCCAAGGGUCAGCUUCGGCAUAGCAUUUGCAUUCGUCGAGACUCUGCGGUAGAAUUGCCUCAAAGCGAUUGUGAACCUAGUCAGCAAAGCUCCCUCGAUAGCCAUCCUCAAUAUCAAGAUACACAGCAGCGCCGAACUCACGCCGCUCCCCAACGAACCUCUCAUUCCAUCUCCGAACAUUUCUCUGGUCACCCAGCUCCUUGCGUCCCACCGCACUCAAAUGGGACCAAAAGCCUUUUCCAGCUACUCCAGCAACCACAGCUACCGCCAGCUCCAGCCAUGCCUCAAGGUUCUCCGCCUCACCUCCCUACCUCUUCAACUUGGUCCGGCGAUUCUACUUUCUUGAUGACCUCACCAGCACUCCCAGCCCGUAAUCCACUACGCCUCAAACCCACCUAUCCGCUACUACCCCCUGACCACCCCAACGCAGGCGCCGAACAAUCCAUCGUCAAGUGGCUGGAACUUUGCGAAUCAGAGAGCAGAAGCCAGAACGGUCCAUCCAAGGACGGUCUCGGAGCGCAAGAGAAGCAGAGAGAGCAUAGCAGCAGCGUUAAUCACUUGACGGACGUCCGAAUAGGCGAGUGUGCACACGAGCACUGUGGAAUUGGACCUCGGCGCCGCCCAACGGGAGCAGAGGAGUGGAUAGGCCUAGCGAAGCAAGACCAUUUGAUACGCGAUCGAUGGAGCACGGGCCUACGAGGUGGUGAUUUUUCUUUCUCUGCAGGCGAUGAAACCCCUUGCAAGCGCCGGCCUCAGCCUUCCGAUGAUAUAUCGAAACGCGCUUGUCGCGCCACCGACUCUACGCACACCUUCCCCUCGGCUUCGACCUCCGCAUCUUCCCCAUCCAUUCUCUCAGAUGCCCAAGCUCGCCUCCGGUAUCCCGCAUCGCCCUCCCCAUCCCCCUUCUACCUCGAGGAGGAGCUGUCCCGUAUGACGAGCUGCGAGUUCGAACAACGCGGCCGUAGCCCAUCGCCGAGGCCUCCAUUUGGGAUGCUAAGCGAGCUCCGUCGUGGAUUGGACCUAGAUGAGGCGUCAUGGGACUCCGACUCGUCGUCACGCUCUGAUUCGUUCUCCCAUGGGCACUCCAUUACCGUCGGCGGCGUCAAAAUUGGCACUGAGUUGUUCAUGGAUGCGGUGGAGUGGCAGCGUGAGAGCGCGUCUGAUCCGUUUAGGGGAAGACAGGGUGGAAUGAGAGCCAUUGCGCGCGAGCUAGAGCUGGUUGGAUCCGCUUCUGUUCGUGAUGAAGAGGAAGGGCGUAUUGGAGGGGCGAUGGUCAACAGCGAGGCGCACGCAACGCCAGUUUCCGGGACCGAUGGCGGCGUGGUCGUGACGCUGAGUCCGAACGUUACGAUCGAGCGCGGUAAGGGGCGGAGAUGGAGACGGGGAGAGGGUAGCCGGAUGGCGGAAGCGGUGAAGGCGUUUACGGCGAGGCGGGCAGCGACUGCAGUGUGAUUGGAAGGUGGAUGGCGGAGCACGUUCAGCGUUCGACAGGAUGGAUCAGAAGGGUUGUCGGAGAUCGUUUGAAGGCAGUAGGUUGGUAAGUUGGCUAUUGAGUGUCCUUUGGUUAGUCGUGAGUACUGUAUCAGUGUUUUGCUUUCAGCCCUCCGAUGCCGUCUUUUAGAAAAUCUAAACAAGCCCCGGUGAUGGACGGUGACGUCGCGGGGGGAAACGCGAGAGGUUGCAAUUCACCACCUGAUGAAAACAAACAUCUCAACACCACAGUCCCACGUCCGCCCCACGACGCAUUUCCACCAAACCCUCUCCUAUA